UCAGCUGUUAACCGCUGACAGCAUCGGAAACAAAACAAAACAGCAGUGAAAACUUGUGUAACGCGGAACGCCUUGGUUUGCAUGAAAAUAUUGCAAUUUUAGAAAAUGUAAUUGGUGUAUUCCGACGGCGAACUUACGCAGAACAUUACUAUGGCGCUACGAUUGGUGUUAAACUGCCAGCAGAUUCCUUCCGUUUUCCGGUAUGGCUCAAUAUUUCAUCAUCCGCGAAAAAUUCUAAGUAACGUUGGGAGUGACCGGCAGCUAACGAUACUGAGGUACACGAGAAAUGCGAGAAACACGCGAUCGGAAUCAUUUGCUCCCAAGCAAACGAUCGUACCGACGGAGGUGCAAGGGAUUGCUAUAGAGUCGGGAUACAUAGAUCCGUCGAAAAUAUUGCGAUCGUUGCUGUUCACUGCCGCGUUCACAACGGGAAGCUUCGUUGGCGUCGCCAUCUGGGAGUACGAAACGAUACGAUCGCGCGCCAUGCAGGCACUGCGAAGCAAGCUGAGCGUCAAUUGGUUCAAGGAGCGGGUGAAACAAAAUCGUCACGAGAUGGAACAGUGGCGCAAAGAUUUGACCGGCUGGUGGAACAAGCUGUCCCCAGGGGAGCGAAUAUUUGCACCGAUUUGUGCGUUAAACGCGAUCGUGUACGGUCUGUGGCGGAUACCGAGUCUCGCACCGACGAUGGUGAAAUAUUUCGCUUCCAAUCCAGCUGCAAAAGCGGUUUGUUGGCCAAUGUUCCUGUCCACCUUCAGUCAUUAUUCGCUGUUUCACAUACUGGCGAACAUGUACGUACUGCACAGUUUUUCACACGCGGCGGUGGUCACUCUCGGCAGGGAACAGUUUCUGGGCGUUUAUCUGAGCGCCGGUGUGAUCGCCUCAUUUGCUAGCCAUGUCUUCAAAACGGUAGUGCGGCAGCCGGGUCUUUCGCUGGGUGCAUCCGGUGCAAUCAUGGGCAUUCUGGCGUACGUGUGCUCUCAGUAUCCGGACACGCAGCUAAGCAUACUGUUCCUGCCGAUGUACACAUUCUCUGCCGGUGCUGCCAUCAAAGUAAUUAUGGGCAUCGAUCUGGCGGGUAUAUUGCUGGGCUGGAGGAUUUUCGAUCACGCAGCCCAUCUCGGCGGUGCACUGUUCGGACUUUUUUGGUGCUAUUACGGCAGCCAACAUGUGUGGCCGAUGAGAGAAUACUUUAUCGGCUAUUGGCACGAGAUGCGAGGACCAACCAGGAAAUGACGCUCGCUAUCAACACCGUUGGACAAAAGCGAUGUACGAAAAGAGGAAUAAAAUUCGACCAUUUAUUGGUUCAUCAAUCAUAUUGAUUUAACCGCA